UUUUGUUUCAUUAUUAUCGUAAUAACUUGAUGCAUUUAAAUACUUCAUCAAUUUUUUUAAAAAUUGAUUAUCCUCUUAAAUUUAAUAUAAGACAAUGGCUUCUUUAUCGAUUGUCGAUAAAUUAAAUCAUCAACAUAAAUCUCAUCUGAAACAUUUUGUUGUACAAACACGAUCAUUUCAGAUUGAAAAAAGUCGAAAUAUGGAAAUGUAUCCGCGACUGAGAAUUCAUAUUCAACGACAAAAUGAAAAACGAAAACAAGAGAUGGAAAUGAGCGAAGAAUUGAAACGAGCAAAGCGGGAAAAAGAAUUGAAACACAAUCUUGAUAAACGGACAUUAGACGAGAUCAAAGAAGAAAUCACCCGUAAGGAAAAAAAAUUAGCUGAUUUGGGAAGUGAAAAACAUAAAUUGUUUGCUGAAUUCAAAAAAGUUUGUAAUGAAGAUAAUAGUAGAAAGAAUUUGCUACGACAAAAAGAAGCAAAUGUAAUGCUGAAUAUGACGUUUGGACCAUCACAAUCUGGUGGACCUGGAUCACAAUUACCGCUCUCAUUAACAACAAUGCCACCAUCUUCAUCAUCAGCGGCAACUUCAUCGGCCUUAGCUUUGUCACAGUCACAAUUAAAUCGAAAUGUUGCUUCGUUGAAAUUUCCACCAGCUCAACACUUACUAACAAUAACGAAUCCGAAUUCUAUCUCUGCAACUUUACCAAAUUCUACAAUUCUCCCACUGCCUGAACAGUUUUAUGGAGCGCAUCAAACCGCUAGUGGAGGAACUGGAAGUCAUCAAUUGAGUUCUAAUAAGCAACUGCCACCCCAACGUUUUCUUUCUGCACCUCCAGUUACGAUGCCAGUUUAUAGCACUAAUUAUGCUGCGCAACUUGAACGACAACAACAACAACAAAGAUCAUCUAUUCACACUAAUUCAACCACAGCUUCAUCUUCAUUACCUAAUGUGAUGCCAUCAGUAUCGAGUCCAUAUUCUUUGAUUUCAAACUCUAAAGCUUCCCCACUACCAUCCACAUCAAUCUACAAUAAACCACCUCCAUCAUCGAUGAAUCCUGCAUUAAUAGCUGCCGCUGGUGCUAUACCAUUUCAAACGAUUCCACCAACUGGCAGCGAUCGUCAGCCGCGGUCAUCCGCUGGUUAUAAACGAUCACAUGAAUCAUCAACUAUUGUUUCAUCGGCUGGAACUUCAUUACAAACAUUGAAUUUAGCGGCAGUCGCUGCCGCUGCCCACUCAAGUCAUCCACAGAUUCAUCCAACAGCUGCACACAUUCCUGCAUUCAUUUCUGCAUAUCCUCCGCAUCAAAGUGGAAAACCACCAGGACCACCGCCAGGAAGUUUAUUGCAUCCGGCAUCAACGGGUGCUGCAGCCUCUGCUUUUCCAUCUGGUCUUUCGCUCACACCACAACAUAUGCAAUCAUUUCAAAAUUCAAUAUUCCAUCAGUCCUUCAUGAUGAGCGGACAAAAUCCAUUUCUUCCACCGAAUGCUAACCCUCCAAAAUAAUCAUUAUACAAAAAAUACAUUAUUUUUUAUAUGAUUUUAUUUAUAAAAAUAAAAAUUACGCAAAAAAUA